UUAUAAAUAUUGGGCACCCAUCCUUUCAUUCCAUCGCUGAAAUCAUUUUCCAUUCAAAUCUGAUCUCAUAAACAAAGACACACUCACAGUUCAAGACCACAAUCAAGGAGCUGAUUAGUGCCAAUGUCGAGCAUCAAAGCUCCUGACCAUCUUCCUUCUCCUGCCGAAGACUGCGAACAGCUUCGCAAAGCUUUCCAAGGAUGGGGAACGAACGAGGACUUGAUCAUAUCCAUUUUGGCCCAUAGAAAUGCAGCUCAAAGAAGUUUAAUUCGGAAAGCCUAUGCUGAGACAUAUGGUGAAGAUCUUCUGAAAGCGCUAGACAAGGAACUUUCGAGUGAUUUUGAGAGGAUUGUACUUCUGUGGACAUUGGAACCUGCAGAUCGUGAUGCAUUUAUGGUCAAUGAAGCAACAAAGAGGUUAACCUCAAACAAUUUGGUUAUUGUGGAAGUUGCUUGCACUCGAACAUCAAUCGAAUUAUUCAAGGUGAGGCAGGCCUAUCAAGCCCGUUUCAAGAGAUCUGUUGAAGAAGAUGUCGCAUAUCAUACUUCUGGAGAUAUCCGCAAGCUUUUGGUUCCUCUGAUAAGCUCGCUCCAAUACGAGGGAGAUGAGGUGAACAAAACCUUAGCAAAAUCAGAGGCUAAAAUACUCCAUGAGAAGAUAGCAGGCAAGGAAUACAAUCAUGAUGAAGUAAUUAGAAUUCUGACCACAAGAAGCAAAGCACAAUUACUUGCAACAUUGAAUCACUACAAUAACGAGUAUGGCAAUGCCAUAAACAAGGAUUUGAAGGCUGAUCCAAAUGAUGAGUACUUGAAGUUACUGAGAACAACAGUCAAGUCAUUGACCUUCCCAGAAAGACACUUUGCAAAGAUUCUUCGUUUGGCAAUCAACAAGUUGGGAACAGAUGAGUGGGCACUUGCUAGGGUCGUUGCUUCUCGAGCUGAAAUCGAUAUGGAGCGCAUCAAAGAGGAAUAUUAUCGUAGGAACAGCGUUCCUCUGGGUCGUGCUAUUGCUAAAGACACUUCUGGAGACUAUGAGAAAAUGCUUCUUGAGUUGAUUGGCCAUAGUGAUGCCUGAGGUACCCUCUUGUUCAGAAAACUUACUAAGCAUGUUUCUUUUUUCAAAAUAAAUCCAUAUCUAUCUGUUUCUUUGCUGGCUUUGCAAGGAGAAAAAAAGUGUCAUCUACGGUAAGUAGGAUUUGGAGGUGGAGACGUUCCAUCACCUCAUCUUGAUGUCUUGUGUACUCUUUUGAAUUUCCUACUUGGAUUGUGUAUUAAUGGAUGUUUUGUUCAUGCUCACAUCAGUUGGGAGUUUUAUAUAUAUUUGAAUAAAUGAAUAAAUUCUAAACUUGAAACUGUUUCAAAGUUCUGAUAUAGUGGAGGUUUAAAUAUUGUUUUU